UGCAUAAUCUUGUUAUCCCCCCCAAUUAACCCCCUGUUUCUGACACAGCCACACAGCCGCCUCCUGUACCACUAACUCUGCGGGGUAGAGAGCUUGAAACUGGCUCCAGUAGGCUGCAAACAGGUAAGACAGGUUUGGCCCAGGACUACACCUCCCAGAAUGCUUUGCAGGCAGCGCGUCGCAGGCGAGCCUGAGACGUGUGUGCGCUAUUUGCAUGAAUGGGUGGCGGAUCCCGUGCAGCCUGCUGCCACUUCCCAACGGAGAUAGCCCAGCGGCCGCACGGAGGGAGAGAGGGAGAGCGAGGGCACCCCGGGAGGGCGCACGGCUUUAGCGUCACUCUUAGUACAUCGCGCGGAAUGUCCCGCUAGAGAGGCGCAGCGCUGCCCUGGGGAGAUGCCGCGGGACGAGAUGAACUCUCUGAUCCAGAAGAUCGCCCGCCAGGCCCGGCUCACCUUCCGCGGGGUCGGCGGGGGCCCCGAGGGCCACAAGAGCUUCUCGGAGAACGUGGGCCAGCUGCGGAAGCUGGUGGGCGAGAUCCGAGCGGAGGACCUGAAGAUCCGGCCCCGCAAGAACGGCCAGGCCCCCAUCUCGGUGCCGCACAACCCCCCCGUCACCUACAUGCACAUCUGCGAGACGGACUGCUUCAGCAUGGGGGUCUUCCUGCUCAAGGGGGGCACCUGCAUCCCCCUGCACGACCACCCCGGGAUGCACGGCAUGCUCAAAGUGCUCUACGGCAAGGUGCGCAUCAGCGGCUUCGACAAGGUGGUGGACGCCCCGGCUCCCGCGGGCCCCAAGGAGCCCCAGUUCCAGCCGCCGCUCCUGCCUUACCAGCGCGCGGCGCUCCGCAGGGCUGUGCUGCGCUCCGCGGGGGAGUUCAGCGACAGCAGCGCCCCCUGCCUGCUGAGCCCGCACCGCGACAACCUGCACCAGAUCAGCGCGGUGGACGGGCCCGCCGCCUUCCUGGACAUCCUGGCACCGCCAUACGACCCGGACGACGGCAGGGACUGUCACUACUACAAGCUGCUACAGCCGGCCCCUUCCUCCUCCUCCUCCCCCGCAGAACCGGCUGGGAGGCCAGAGGGAGAUGGCCCCCACCAGGCUGACGCCUCUGGGCUGCACUCUAGGGAGGUGUGGCUGCUAGAAAUACCCCAACCUGAUGAUUUCUGGUGUGGGGGUGAACCCUACCCAGGCCCCAAGGUCACCAUUUGAACACAAUUCCUAAAAAAAAUAUAUAUAUAUAUCAAAGUACCACAACCUGGCUAUUUCUGGUGUGGGGUGAGCCCUGUCAUGGGCAUCCAUCAAAACAUCCUUCCUUUAAAAAAAAACUUAAAAACACAUGGAUCUGUUUAACAGCCUAUCCCCAAAUAUUUGCAAAGCACCACUCCCAUACCAUACAAGCUGGGAGGAGGAGAGGUCCUGGCUACUAAAAGGGAUCUGUCCUCAGGGACCACAUUAAACACCAACCCACCACAGGGGUGAAGAUGGUCAGUCACCUGGAUGAGGGAAAGAAGAGUUUGGGAUAAGGUUGCAUUGUUUCCCACUGCCAAUUGUUUUCAGACUGGUCUUGAUGCACAUAUUUUGUUUUUGGCUGAUGAAAUUUUACAGUGAUAAUAGACCUGGUUUGUAGGAAAUGUGCUUAUUUGGCAUGAUGCAGUAAAUGCUUGAAACCAGUGCUGUUCAUGUCAGUUUUUAUGAUGUUUAUGCUUCGUUAAUGUAUUAUUUUCAAGGAGUACAAAUAGUAAAUGACAAGCACUGCCCCUCCCCUGACUUCCUGCAGCUGUUUAGGACAUUUAACCUCCCCCACCACCACCAUAAAAUAUCACCAGAUCUCACAAAACUAUCACUGGUAUAUGUAGAAGGAUUCUGAAAUUGGUGUUUUAGGUAUAUUCCAUAAGUAGCAAUUAUUGCAUUUUAAAUUUAGAAGGCACAGAAAACGUUUUUUUUGUUGUUUUGUUUUGCUUGUCGGUGUGGGAUCUAAACCAGAAUAUAUUUCAUGUGAAAUAAUAUAAUUAUUGUGCCUUUGAAUUAUUUGGGAUCCUGUAUCCUAAAAUUAUUUAACAGGAUAGCGUUUGAGCAAUUUAAUGUUACUUAAACAGAAUACCAGUAAUAGUUUGUAUAAUAAAGUAUAUGUAAAAGAGUAAGCUUGGGGGAGGAGGGGGGUGUUACAACUUGGCUCAACAGAUUUUGAAUGUAAUUUCUCUUAACCCCUUCAGGGAUAUGUUUAGGUAAAUCCUAUCCUGUGUUCUCAUAACGGCCCUGAAAGGGUGUAUUAUUUGUCAGUUACCGUAGAAGCAUUGAAAGACGUACUCCUUUCAGCAACAGGUGGUCCAGUUUCUACAAAAGUAAUGGAAAACUUACCUUUUGUGUGCUCUGUGUGUGCAUACAUUAUGUAUACAGAAACUUCAUGUGAGGAGGGCAGUGACCUGAGCUCAAUUGCCUUUCUAGUAAACCGAAAUCCCCAAUCUGCCCCUUACUGCCUCAUAUCCUUUUCACGGAUAUGUAUGACUACAGCACUUAUAUUACAAGCCAUACUUUAUUUUCUGCCAUAUGUUAUUAAACAUUUUAAUCUGUACCCUGCUGCGUGAGCAAAAUAUUUUAAUUUUAAGUAUGGCACACAGUUCUGUAGUUUGUAUUAUGGUUAAGUUAUUGGAACCUGUGUACUGCCUGUGUUAUGUGUUCUCUCCCAUACUAGGAAUAAACGUUUAUAUAAUAUGCUAUUUACUGACUGAAUAAUGUCUUUGGGGUUAAGCUGUAAUUUUUUUUUUUUUAUUAUUACAGAAAAUGAAACAUGAAUUUGAUUUCAAUACUUUUUGUUUACUAGUCAGAAAUAUACUCUGCAGAGUGAUUUAUGUCUCAGGUUUAUAAUCUCAAACUAUAGAAUUAUUCCUUAACCCCUUAAGGACACAUGACAUGUGUGACAUGUCAUGAUUCCCUUUUAUUCCAGAAGUUUGGUCCUUAAGGGGUUAAAUAAGAUUUCAAAAUAAGGGGGCUCAACUAUGUUUUUGAAAAAGUUUAAUCUUUUGCUUCAGCAUAUAGUAUCAUGCACACCAUUGCACUGUUCUUAUACAUAUAAAAGUGUAUAUGAAUACACACACUUCCGAAAAAGGUAACUACAAGCAGCCGGAUGUCAGUCCCUGUUUUUAGAGAUAUUUACAAGUGCUACUAUCAGACUGAACAGCGAGCUUAUUUUAUACUCUCGCUGUCUGUGUUAGUCAUCUUCUAGAAAAGUAAGAUGGCUAUCUUCUAGAAAAGUAAGAUGGCUGCUGUCACAGGCCAUUUUUCUUUGACAGUUCCCUAAGGUAUGCAAAUAUCCCAUUUUGUUAAAUAUACAGUGUAUAAGGCUUGUUAUGACCAGAUUAAU